GAGCUAACGCCGACGCCCGCCGCCUCAACCGCCCGGCUGGAAACAUCAACCACCUCAAUUUCGGUCGGUCUCAGAGUCGUGCAAGCAAGCCCCUCUCGUCCUCGGCCAGCCAUCUGCAUUAUGGCAUGCCUUUCGAGUGCUAAAUAGACGGAGAAUCGCAUUCCAAGGUUUGGCAUUUCGUAAUUCCUCCACCCUCAUCUGGUCCACUUUGCGAUUUUCUCUGCAGCCGGCCCGGGUCAAGAAGCCUUGCCGUGGUCACUCUUUGGGAUUCCCCUGAGCCGCUUCUGUUGCGCGUCGCGCAUCUCGGCUCGACCAGGGCAAGCUGUCCACGAUGCGCCUCAACGAGCUUGCCUCGUUGCUUUUUGCAGUUGCUGCCAUUCUCGCACCUUGUCACUCUUUACCAUUGAUUGAGCCUCGGUUGCCGCGAACAGUCGUCUUGGCGCCGAGAGCAACAUACUCGGUUGUCCCCAUAAACGGAGGGGGCUCCAGUUCCGGUUCCGGCUCCGGCUCCGGCUCCGGCUCCGGGGGCUCGGGAAAUUCUGGCGGGUCCGGUAGUUCGGGCUCGGGCUCAGGUUCAGGCUCAGGAAAUGGAUCGGGCGGCUCAUUCACUGUGGUAAAAACCGUGAUCGAGACUCCUCCGCCAAAGACGUCUCUAGAGACAAUCUAUGUGUCGUCGCCACCAAAAACUACCGACCACAUCACAGACACUCUCGUUGUCACCAAAACGGUGUCGGUCGUCGACAUCAAGCCACAACCAACAACUACCACCACUGUCACCCGCCAGGAGCCUCUAUCAACAUCAUCGUUGCUACCCGCCACAUCAAAGGUGCAGUUGGAGACGGUCUCGUCAUCAAGCUCUACGAUAUUAUCCACAACAUCUACACCAACAUCUACGCCAACGCCAACAACAACGCCAAUAACAACUACGCCAACAACAACUACGCCAAUAACUCCAACAACAACUCCAACAACAACGCCAACCUCAAUUCCCGCUACGACCUCUUCAAGUGGUGCGCUCUUAGUUUCGCAGACGACAUCUCUGUCUGUUACGCCAUUCACCACAUUUCCCGAACCCGUUCCCACCACCACGGCAUUUAGCAUCAGUACCAGCAGCAGCUCAAGUUUCGACGACGGCCUUUGGCACACGACAUAUCCUCCGUGGAACGGGACUACCCUUGUGCGCCGCUCUUCUCGGCCCAGACCUUGGCGUCUUGCAUGAUCGUGUACGCGUGUGGGCAUGCGCAUGUGUCCUCUCCCAUUUUUUUCUUUCCUACAUGUUUUCCCUACUUUUAUUGCAGAGGAGGAACAAGGCCUUGGUCAAGGCUCAAUGACCAACAAUAAUACACUGCAUGGCAUGGGGCUAAUUUCUAAUGAGCCCGGAAUUGACCGGAAAAACGCGGACCAAGAGCUGGAAAGCGUUGGCAGCAGAAGUCUGCUCGGGACCUUGGCAUGGGAUCAUCUCAUCAUGUACGAUCACCGCAUAGGUAGAUUUUUUAAAUCUUUCUUGGUUAAAAAAUAGAAAGAACAUUCC